UAUUCCUCACACCAAAAAAAAAAAAAAAAAACUUGCCUGUUUUAACACUCGCACCGCAAACUCGUUUCUCUUCUCGUCUGCUACUGCUUCUCUGCUCUUUUGUUGAAUUUUCUCUGAUUCUGAACUUCAUGUUCUCCGGGGAGAAUCCGAUGAAUUUGCCUCAUGAGUGAUCGAAUACUGGAUCGGAGUUUCAACAAUCAUGGCUUUUUCGGAAGGUCUGUGCGAUUGCCGAUGCAUUGUGGAUAGUCGGAGAGGUCAUUCCAGUUUUGUUCUUGAUUACCGAUCGAUUAUUUUUUCAUCCUAAAGGUUUUGGCGUGGUCCACUUCGUUGUUGUUUUGAGACAGGAUCUCUACCGACUUGUUUGUUUUGUUGCAGUAGUAGUAUUAGUAGGAAGUUAUCAGGUUUUUGUCAUCAUCAGCCACGGCUAAGCUAUUUCUAGUAUCAUUCGAUGCGGCGAGAGCUGAAAGAAGGCUGUUGUUUUAUCCCUUACUUGUCAGUGAGGGUCUGAAGCAGCGCCAGCUGCCUUGGUCCAUCACAUGGACACCUACUCCUCUGGAGAAGAUUUAGUUAUUAAGACACGAAAACCGUAUACAAUUACCAAGCAACGGGAACGAUGGACAGAGGAGGAGCAUAAUAGGUUUCUGGAGGCCUUAAAACUCUAUGGGCGAGCGUGGCAACGUAUCGAAGAACAUAUAGGAACCAAGACUGCUGUGCAGAUCAGAAGUCAUGCACAGAAAUUCUUUACAAAGUUGGAGAAGGAAGCUCUUGUGAAAGGAGUUCCAAUAAGACAAGCUAUUGACAUAGAGAUUCCUCCUCCGCGCCCUAAAAGGAAACCAAGCAAUCCUUAUCCUCGAAAGACUGGUGUGGCAAUACCUAGUCUGCAGGUGGGAGCAAAGGAUGGGAAUAAUUCAUCAUCAGUUUCUUCUUCCUGCACUGCCACUGGUAAACAAAUACUGGACUUGGAAAGAGAACCACUACCUGAGAAACCUGAUGGAGAUGAAAAGCAAGAAAAUGUCAAAGAAAACCAGGAUGAGGGAAAUUUCUCUGAAGUUUUAACCCUUUUCCAAGAAGCUCCGUGUACGUCCUUGUCUUCAGUGGACAAAGAUUCCAUUCGAACACUGGCGGCACCCAGAAAUUCUUGCACUUUUAGGGAGUUUGUGCCUAUGAUGGUAAGUACCCAGGAUGAAACAAAUGAAUCUUAUGUCACUGUUGAACCCAGAGGAAUUCAGAAGUUGGUUAAAUUUGAUGCAAAACAAACGGUUCAGGAUAAUGGAACAAAUUACACCUCGAACUUGGAGAGUUCUAUCCCUUCACAUGAGAAAUUGGUUCAAGGAAAGAAAACAGAUGAAAUGUGCCACCCUGAAAAUUUUGGGGCAUUGCCGUCAAGUGAUAUGCAAGCCACACAUAACUACCCAAGACAUGUUCCUGUGCAUGUUCUAAAUGGGAGCCUAGGAAUGAACACUGAAAAUGUUUCUUCAGAUAUGUCUUGCCAAGAAUCCAUAUUUCACCAAAUAGGAGGAAUUCAUGGAUGCCCUAACCCAUUCUCAAAUCCAGCUGCUUCUGCAACCACUGAACAUCAUGUUAAUGCGCCAAGAUCUUCCACUCAUCAACAGUUUCCUCCUUUCCAUCCGCUCUUCACCCCAAUUCGCAAUGAUCAAGAUGACUACCAAUCAUACCUUCAUUUUGCUUCCACCUUUUCAAAUCUUAUUGCAUCUACCCUCCUGCAAAACCCAGCAGCCCAUGCUGCAGCAAGCUUUGCAGCUACAUUCUGGCCUUCCACAAAUAUGGAAGCUUCUGGACUUUCUCCUGUAGACACUUUAGGAGGCUUUCCAUUGAGGCAGAUGAAUCCAGCUCCUAGUAUGGCAGCUAUUGCUGCUGCUACAGUAGCAGCUGCAGCUGCUUGGUGGGCAGCAAAUGGACUGUUGCCAGUGUGCACUCCUUUUCACACUGGUUUUACUUGCACUCCUGCAUCCACAACAGCAACUCCAACAAAUGUUGGUCUUGCUGCAGCAGGAAACAAUGAUAAAAGAGAGAAUGCUCUUCAUGAUCUUCCCUUGAAAAAUCCACAGCUGGACCCAGAAUAUUCUGAAGCUCGGCAAGAACAGCAUUCUGCUUCCAAAUCACCAACUUUGUCAUCGUCAGACUCUGAGGAAAGUGAAGGUGCAAAACCAAAUACUGGGUUAACUGCUGCUGAUGAUCAUGAUGAGAAAGCUGCAGCUGUAGUAACUGACCUCCAUGAUUCAAACAAGGCAAAGAGCAGAAAACGGGUGGAUCGCUCUUCUUGUGGUUCCAAUACACCUUCCAGUAGUGAUGUAGAGACAGAUGCUUUGCAGAAGCACGAGAAAGAUAAGGAAGAGCCAAUAGAACCCGAUGUAAGCCAUCCAGCAGGUGACUCUAAUAAUCGACGUGGUAGAAGCUCCUGCAUUAUAAAUGAUUCAUGGAAGGAGGUCUCUGAAGAGGGGCGGUUAGCCUUUCGGGCACUAUUCUCUAGAAAAGUACUGCCACAAAGCUUUUCACCUCCACAGGAUAAUAAGCAGAAUGCAGAUGAGAAAGCUGAAGAUGCAUCACGAUUUGACCUUAACAGCAUGAUGUGGGGGACUUGUCCCAGUCAUCAAGUGGUGCAGAAUAACACAUUCUUGAGAAGCGAAAACCAUGGGGAAGGACUGUUGACUAUAGAGCUUGGGCAUGGGAAGCUUAAGCCUCACCGAACAGGGUUUAAGCCCUAUAAAAGGUGUUCAGUGGAGGCGAAGCAGAGCAAGGUUGUAAGUGCUGCCAGCAGCCAAGGUGAAGAGCAAUGUCCCAAGAGAAUACGGUUGGAAGGAGAGGCUUCAACUUGAUGACUGUUUGUGGACAAAUGGAUAUGCAAUUUACAAGGGAAACCUUUGUUGUUGCAUUUCAUUUUUAUUCCAGCCCCUUUUCCUGUUUCAUUUCUAGUUAAUUUGUCUAUUCUUGAAGCUCACGAAACUUGUCGUGUGGAUGUGUGUACUAUAAUGUAUUUUACAUGUACUUUUACUGUAAUCUAUGCAGAUGUACUUAAGAACUCCCCUUGAAUACUUAACCAUUAGAAGGAAAUGAAUGGGCCUUGUUCUGCCCUCCUCUUCCCCUCUAAGUAUA